GGGAGGAGAUGCUGAGGCGGCAGCGCUGCCGGUUGGUAACCUCGGCUCUUCCUCCCAGCAGGGUGCCUUUCCCGUGGCACCCGGGGAUGCUGCCCUGACACCCACAUCCCCAGGUGCUGACCCUGUGGUUCCAGCCAUGGCUGCGUGCCCUGAAGGGAUCCCUGCUGAGAUGCAAGAGGGCAUCGCUGCCUUCCUGGGAACAAAGAAGAUCCUCCUGGUGAUGAGCAUCCAGUUGCAGGUGAAAUCCAAAUAUGACGAUUAUAUCUUGGUGCUGACACCUUGGCGAGCCUACGUGCUGCCGGUGAUGCUGCCGGUGAGGGUUCACAGCAGCUUCAGCUUCCUGGAAGUGAGGGAGAUGACAGUGCGAGAGCCCAGCCUGGUUGUCAUAGAAACGGAUGCACUGUCUUAUGCCUUCCGGUUCAUGUCCUUCGAUGAUUUGGAGCAAGUUGUCAUCCAUGUCACUACAUCACUUAAGAAGGUCUUUCCAGACUCAUCCCCUGGGACACUGCUCAAGAACUCCCCCCCCAACCUGUACGAGAGGAUCCGACAAAUCACGGACUCACUGGAGGAAAUGCUGCAGAGCAACCCCGGGCCCUGUGGAGGGUUUUCAGAGACCUACGCUGCUUUAUGUGAUUACAACGGCUUUGCCUUCCGCGAGGAGAUCCAGUGGGAUGUGGACAACAUCUACCACAGCCAGGACUGCCAGGAGUUCAACCUGCUGGACUUCAGCCACCUGGAGAGCCGAGAUGUGGCACUGAGCGUCGCUGCCUUGUCCUUCAACCUGUGGUUCACCAAACUCUCCUGCAAGGACUUCAGGCUGAACCAGGAGAUUCUGGAGCAGCUGCUUUACAUGCUCAGCAAAUCGGUGGCGCUGGAGGAGCUGGUGCUGGAAAACAGUGGAUUGAAAGCUGACUUUGCACAGAGGAUGGCCCAGGCGCUCAGCAACCAUCCUGACUCUGUCCUGCACACCAUCAACCUUGCUGGCAACCAGCUGGAAGACAGAGGGAUUGUUGCCUUCAGCAAGCACGUGGAGAAGAGCCCCAAGGGGCUGCAGAGCCUCAGCCUGGCCAGGACAAUGCUCACUGCCAAAGGGAUGAACACGUUAUGCAAGGCCCUCAGAGAUAACAGCGCUGUUGGAUCCUCCCUCCGGCACUUGGACCUCUCUGGAAACCCUGGCACGCUGGCUGGGGAUGACAUCAGUAACCUGCAGAGCUUCCUCCGCCGGUGCCACGCACUCUCCCACCUCAACUUGGCCGGCACAGACUGCGCUUUGGAUGCUCUCUUCGGAGCCCUGGUCCAUGGAUGCCACACCAGCCUCGUUCAUCUGGAUCUCUCAAAAAAUGUGUUCUCCCACAAGAGAGUGAAAACCAUCUCCCCCUACAUCAAGGAGUUUUUCAGCCAGGCCUGUGCCCUUAGGCACGUCUCCCUGGCGGGUACCAGGCUGCCAGCGGAUGCUGUAAGGGCGCUGCUGCAAGGGCUGGCAGACAACAGUCACAUCAGCGACCUGUGUCUGGAUCUCAGUAACUGUGAGCUGAGGUCAGCGGGGGCUCAAGUCAUCCAGGAUCUCAUCCCCGAUGCCAGCUCCAUCGGUGACCUGGACUUGUCUGACAACGGCUUCGACCCUGACAUGGUGACGCUGGUGCUCUCCAUCGGCAGAAGCAAGUCCAUUAGGCACGUCUCUCUGGGGAAAAACUUCAACAUCAAGUCCAAGGAGGGGCUGGUGGAUGUCCUGCACCGCAUCGUCCAGCUCACCCAAGAGGAUGACUGUCCUCUCCAGUCCCUGUCUGUGGCCGAAUCACGCCUCAAGCUGGGAACCACCGUCCUGCUGAGUGCCCUGGGCAGUAACACCAGCCUCGUCGCUCUGGACAUCAGUGGCAAUGCCAUGGGGGACACAGGGGCCAAGAUGUUAGCCAAGGCUCUGCAGAUCAACACGAAGCUCAGGACUCUGGUUUGGGACAGGAACAACACAACUGCUCACGGACUCCUCGAGGUGGCUCAGGCUUUGGAGAGGAAUUACACACUCAAGUUGAUGCCUUUGCCGAUGAAUGACGUGGCGCAGGCAUACCGCAACAACCCCGAGAAAACGGAGGAGGCAGUGCACAAGCUUCAGUCCUGCCUGACGAGGAACCAGCUGCAGCGCACGCUGCUCGCUCAGACCUUCCGGCUGCAGCAAGGCAUCCUCACCACAUCUUCUGAACAGAUGGUGAACGAGAUCUGCCUGAGCGUGCAGAAGCACGUCGACAUCCUCAGCGCCUGCCCGGGCAAGGAGGUGGAGGCGGACAUCCUCUGUGCCGAGGAGGCCAUCAGGAAUGCCAACCUCUCCAUCAGCAUCUUGCCCCUCUUGUACGAAGCGGGAAACACGCCGUACCAGAACGGCAAGCUGCAGCACAAGCUGGAGUGUCUCACAGAAGAAGCAUCACAGAUGUGUGGCCGGGAGAUCCAGGCAAUCAUGCAGACAGUGCUGGAUACGGCACACAGUCUCUGCCCGGCCGUAGUGCAGAAGAGCGGGGUCAGGGACCAGCUGGUCAAUGCCAUGUCAGAGCGGAUCUACCUCCAGGAUCACCUCAACCUCAGCGCCGUUUUGGACCAGAUGGUCAUCGAAGUCUUCAACAAGCUGAAUGAAAUCAAGCUGUCUGUCACAGCCGCCGUGGCCGACUGCAUCGUGGAUGCUGUGCUUGGAGACCUGACCACCGCCCAGUGCAAGCUGGCAGAGAGCCUCCCCAAGCAGGGGCUCGACCUCCCGGCGCUGCUGCCGGAGCUGGCUGAGGACGAUGCCACCAUGCCGGCGAGGAGCAGGAAUCCUCCGGACAUCGCUGUGGAGGAGCAGUACAAGAUGGCCCUGCGGAGGAAAAACAAGCAUUUCAGAAGCAUUCGGCCCACGCCAACAGUGAGAAGUGUCUCGGAGCUGGAGCCGGUGGCAGGUAAGGACGCCAGCGGGCUCCGAGCUCACCGGGCGCCGCCGUCACUCAGCCCCGCCACGCCGCCGGCACGCCCUGCCUCCACAAAGGAUGCUGAGCCUGCGAGCGGCUCGCUCCCCGCCACGCAGCCUGCCACCACCACCGCCACCGGAUCCCUUAUGGACCUGCCGACCGCCGGCGAGAAGCUGGAGCAUUGCACCAAAGCCAGGCCCCGGCCCAACCGCCGGCACAAGCAGCCGCCCAGCAAGCCGAAUGUGCAGCCCGUGGCCUGUGAGAACAGUGAGGACAGGAGCAUCACCCGUGUGGACGAGGGGCUGGAGGACUUCUUUGCCAAGAGGCUCAUCACAGAGGCACUGCCCCCCACGGCUCCGGAGACCUGCACAGGAUCAGCCCCGCUGGCCCCCUCUGGCUCUCGUACCCUCAAGAAGAAAAUUGGGAAUUUUUUUGCCUUCAAGAAACCCAAAUCCAGCCGGGGCUCGAGAUGUGAGAAGGAGCCCGAGGGUGGCCCUGCUGCCCCAAGAAGCAGGCGCUCGAUGCUCAGUGACAUUUUACGGGCCCCCAGCAAGGCGGGCGAGGCGGGCAAGCUGCUGAGUAAAUCGGAGGAAGGGGGGCUCGCUGCCGAGCCCCGGGCAGAGCCUGAGCACUGCCAGACCCCCGACUCUGCCCGCAGGAUCCGGCCCAAGUACUCACGGGAGGGCAAAUCCCAGUCGCUCAUAUUGCUAUCUGGGGAGGAUGAGGAUGCACUGGGGGUCAGACAUGACAAGAAAAGACACCUGGAGAAGAGUGAGGGGGAGCUGCCUGGCUCCUUCGAGCAGCGCGUGCAGGUCAUGCUCCAUCGUAUUGGUGUCACCAAGGGCCCAGCCGCUGAGAGCAAGAAGCAGCAGGUUUCUUUCCCCUUGCAGAGCAAAGACAGCGAGAUCAAGAAAGCUGGCUCAGACGGGGACAUUGUGGACAGCUCUGGGGACACCCCCCAGUCCCUGAAGGCCCGCACGCACUCCGUGUCCACAGAUGCACCGUUCCGCAGCUCGGCUGCUGCAGUGGAGCCCCGGCCAGCCUGGAAAGCCCUGGCGAGACAGCUGCCUGCUGAGCCGCAGGGCACCAGCUCCCACCAGCCACGGUGCUCCCUGGUCCUGGCCGAGCCCAGUGAGCCUGGGGGCCGAGAGGGCUGGAGCAGCAGCCUGCCACGGCCAGGGAGGAGCGCGCCGGCCACGCUGCCGCGGAGGGUCAGCCAUGGCGGGGAGGCAGCCAGCGGCAGCCCCCCACCUGCACUGCCUGACACUGAAGACAACCGGCUGACACCGAGGCUGGCAGCGCCGCGGGGCAUCAGCCGCCGAGCUGUGUCCGUCCAUGAGGAGCAGCUCAGGGAGCCUGAGUGCCUGGCAGAGCUGGGAGCAGGCACUGUGCCCCUGCGCCUGCGGCGGUCACCUGUGUUCAGACGGAGAACCAAGCAUGAAUCCCUCCCAGAGCCAGAAGGCGAGCCCGGACUGCCCUCAGACUCUGCAGGUGCCACGCCGCAGGACGGGCCCUGUGCUGGGCUGGCGGAGCCACAGGGUGGAGUGGGCACCGAAGGCGAGCAGCUGCAAGCCCUGGCACAAACUGUUGUGAAUGCACAAGACUCCGCAGCCGUAGACCAAAGACGCCUGGUGCCAGGCCGGGGGGAGCCAACUCCGGGACAGUGACACCCCUGC